GAGAGAGAGGCAGAUACGGAGGUCCACAGACAGACAGCAGCAGCUUGCAGAGUGCAGCAUGCAGACUGGCCACUGACGCUGCUGUGGGAUUGAACACACACACACACACACACACACCCCUGAGGAGUGUACGAGACAUGCCCAGGCUGCUGUCCAUGGACACACACACACUGGCAGGGCACCAGAGAGGAAAUACAGCAGACCCCCGAGCCUGAGGAGCGAUGGAGAGCAGCAUGUUCUUUGGUAACACGUGUCAGAAUGGCCUCUUGCCCGCUCUGAUGCGUCCCACCCUGCCCGCCGUCCAGACCUCACUGGGCAUGAAGCAGUUUCUCCCGUUUCCGUUGGACGCAGCUUCGGCCGUCCGCCUCUUCCCAGGAUUCAGCGCGAUGGACCCGGUGCAGAAAGCUGUCCUCCAUCAUACCCUCGGCCUCCCGCCUACAGCGAAGAGGAAGCACGUCUCCUGCAGCGUCUGCCAGCUGAGGUUCAACUCACAGAGCCAGGCCUUGGCCCACUACAAGGGGACCAAACAUGCCAAGAAGCUAAAAGCCCUGGACGCUCCGAAGAGUAAGCUCAAAGGCUCAGCGGUCACCAAGGACACCGCCAACCAGGAGAUCGCCAAGGGCAUCAACACCUCGCAGAUCCCCAACGGCACGGACAGGAAAGAUGGACUUUCUGGAGCAACACCCCUCCCGCUCUCUCCUGUGCUCAGACUGGCACCACCGCUGGCCUCCCUGGCCUCCCUGGCCCCCCUGGCACCCAUGGCUCCAUUGACCACCAUCACUACGCCAACGCCGACACCUGCCGCCCCAUCACCUGCAGUCCUGAGCACCCCAGCGGCGUCGGCCCCAGAGACUACCUCAGCCGCUGGAGGGGACGAGGGGCCGGAUACAACUAACUCCUCCUCAGAAGGAGACCCGGAACCUGAGGCCGAACCCGAGGCCGAGAUGGACGGGGAAACGGAGGAGGAGAAAGCUCGACGUCUCCUGUACUGCUCGCUGUGCAAAGUGGCCGUCAACUCUGCGUCUCAGCUGGAGGCUCACAACAGCGGAACGAAGCACAAGACGAUGCUGGAGGCCAGGACGGGCGUGGGCUCCAUCAAGUCUUUCCCCCGGCCCGGAGUCAAGAGCAAACUGGUGACACCCACCAAGUCAGCGACGGGCCUGCAGAACAAAACGUUUUACUGUGAGACGUGUGACGUGCAUGUCAACUCGGAGACGCAGCUAAAACAGCACAUCAGCAGCCGGCGUCAUAAAGACCGAGCAGCAGGUAAACCAGCCAAACCCAAGUACAGCCCCUACAGCAAACCACAGAAAGGCCAGAGCAAGCAGCCGAUAAAGUUAACCCUGGGAAAGGAUCGUCAGGUUCAGACUCUGACUCCCCAAAUCAUCCCCGCUCACCUGGCAGCGGUUGCAGCCGCCGCCGCAGCAGCCAUUGGCAACUCAUUCUCCCUCCGCACGAACCAUGCCACUAACCACGUCCCCAGCACCGCCCUCUUCCAGACUCAGACCCUCUCUGCUGCUUUGCUCCGCCCUGCCCCCGGGCCUGUCAGGACCUCUCACCCACAGGUCCUCUUUGCCCCUUAUUGACCCGAGGGACCGCCUCCUGUCCAGGAUCAGAAACCCAGAACUUUAACCCCGACCAGGACAAGGAGUCAUGUCAGCGUGUGUGCUCCUUAAUGUUAGAACUGUUCCAAAACCGAUACCAAUCUUCUGAUGUCAACUUAGAUGCUCUAUAGGGUAUCUGUGGAUGCAACAACUCACCAAUCCGAUCAUAUGAUUUACAAUCCCUUUAAAUCCCUAAAAUUUAAAUAAUUUCACACAAAAUAGCGAUCAAAUUUUUAUAGUGUAACCUAUGUCCCAUCUGUUAACAUGGAGGAGGAAAAUUCAUGAUCCAUACUGCAGCCAGUCAGCCAGCAGGGGGAGCUCUAAAUAUAUUGGCUUCACUUCCAGGUGGCUUUUGUGCCGCCCAUUCAGAGAGGAAACAAAAUGACAUGUUUUUUUAGGCCAACCCCAGAAGUUAGCAUUGCCACGAGGUCUACGGGAAUUUAAUCUUAUAGCGUCACCACAACUCUGCCUCAGGAUGUCUCCCACAAGUUAACUAGCUAGUUUUGACUAGCUAGCAAAAACCGUAGGCUGAUUCAUUUAUAUUUGUUGAUAAAUCUAAAGUUUAAAGAGGACGGUGAAACACGACUAGAGACUGUAAGGCGGACAAGUGAGAGAAUGUGUCCGGGGUGAUGACGUUAAAUGUCCCCGACAACCACACUGUAGUUUUAUUUAGCCAGUUGUUAGCAACCGCAUUUUAAAGGACACAUAAAACCUUUCAAAUUCACAAGUAGGGGUAUUCACUAAUGUGUUUUAUGUCAUGCAACAAAAUGCCAACAUCUCUUGUGCUUGUGUUAACCACAGACUUUAUUUCAGGCAUCUACCCACCAACCCAUUAAAAAAAAAAACAUUGAAUUUCAGGCAAACGACCCCAUGGCGCUAAAAUGCAAACUUACUUCCUGGUUUUAGAACUUGUUCCUGUGGCGCAGUAUUGGUAUACAGACUGUGGUCAAAGCUAGCAAAGGUUUUUCCACCAAUAAAAGUACAGGUAUCAGACGGGUACCGAAGGGCUUACACUAAAGUCUGGGCACCUGGAUUGGUAUCGGUACAACUCUUUUUUGUGCAUCCACCCUGGAUCCUGAACAUACUGUGAUCAUCUCUCACUCCUCAACACUCCUCUGUACGGAUUAUCCUUCAUUCAAAGCUAUAAACUCUGGAUUUAUUUGUGUUCUUCCACUGAAAACGUUGGGCUAACGUCUCCAUUCUGCAGCUCAUACCUGGACCCUGAACCUGGACCUGGACCUACAUUGUACCGCAAUAAUAUAAAAGACUAACCCCGUGAACUAUGCAGUGUCAUAACGUCAUGAUGCAAGGCACAGUUUGAGCAAAAGAGCAGUACGGAUAUGCUUUUCAGCGCGGCGAUAACAUCAUUGCUUUAGUGGAGGAUUACUGUAGCUCCGGAUUCAAAGGCUGUUACUGAUCGUACGAGCGAGAGAGAAAAGGCCCUCCUCUGUUUCCUGUUUGCACUUUAAGCCCCACCUCUGUUGAUGUCUACAUUAGAUGGCUAGACCGUGUUAGAUUGUUAGCGUACGUGUCGUAAUGUGUGUUUUUUGUAUUUGUCCUUGCAUAUCUAUGUGUGCGUGUGCAGGUGUGUUCUUCUGCAUGUGUGCGUGUGCUUGUCCAUGAGUGUGUGUGAGUGAGUGAGUGAGUGAGUGAGUGAGAGAGAGAGAGAGAUCUACAUCCAUUCUAGUCGAUAUCCAGCACACACAUUCAUGUCUGGGGGCCGGAGGGACCACAAAGGCUUGUGUAUAUUAUCUGUCAGUGUGUAAAAGAUGAACAAUUUCAAAUAAAAAAGAGUCCUAAUUUGUUAA